AUGGCAUCAGUUAAUAUAAAGGCAGCCAAUCUAGAGAAACAAUUCAUAAGCAAUGUCGGUGAAUUGUUCAAGUAUCUGGACAAUCUGACGUUGCCAAGUGGCCACAGAGUACUCAGUACUGGCUCCUCGGUACUAGGUGACUUUGACUACAAACUAGAAAAGGGUGGUACACUCAAAGGCAACAAUAACAGCGGCAGCAGCAACAAGUCAAGUAGUUUUGUAAAGGUUGAGUCAAAAUCAUUCAAGAAUACAAAAGAUAAAAAUAUGGUGGCUGCAAGUGUAUUCUAUUUAUUUCAAGAUCAAUUAUCACCAUGUUUAAAUGCAAUCAAUCAUUGUAGAACAAUGAGGGCAAUGUCAUUGGCAGAUAUAUUUAGAGAGCGUAUGGUAAAGACAAAGACACUGCUGACAGAGGCAAAGGCACAGCACUAUCUGUCGCUGAUACAGUACUACUUGCGUAUGGUCGAGGGACUGAUGAUUGAAAAGCAAAAGGUGCUCGUUGAUACGUCGCAUCAGAUGGUCGCCUAUUUGACAAAUUAUACAACCGAUGUGGACAGCUGCGUUGUUGGGCUUAUCCCCAACGACGACUUGUUGAACAAGUUGGCACGUGACUAUGAAAUAUUAAAGUUGACGGACAAGGAAAAGGGCAGUGGCAAGGACAAUGUACAUGGUGGCGAGACAGCCAUCGAAGACAGCGCCACAUUCCAGGCAACUACCAUCUCUACAACACGUGAGCAGUUGCUCAUCAAUAUUAUCAAUUGGAGUGCGUUGUCUGAUACUGCGCAAAUUGCCAAGGCAGUGCGUCGAUACGCGUCUAUCUUGCGUGGUGUAGACAAGCUUAAAAAGGGAGACCUUGUAGUCGUCCGUUUCCACGACUACCACAAUAUGAGCAAGUCAAUGAAAAAGACUAUCAUCGGAUUCAAGAGCUCGAUGAACAGCUCUACUGGGAGCACAAGUCAGGCCGGUAGCGCUAGUGGUGGUCCCACCAGUGCCGGCAAUGUCAACGGCAACACAAACACAUCAGCCGACAACUUGUCAUCUAUUGCCAACAGCGUCGCGUCGACACAGGGAUUGUACAGUUCAGGUGUCAGCUCAUUUGCUCCAUCCUCUUACUCUAGUAACGCAUCAUCUACCCUAUUCCAUCAUAAUCAACAACAUAUUAUUCAACCACAACCACAUCAACAACAGGGAGUAGUAGUAGGUACUACAACCACUCCUAUCACUCCUACACAUCCACCUACUACCAAUACUAAUAAUAAUACAACACAUCAAUGGAUACAACAAGUAAAGACACAAAAGACAAGCUUCUCAGUACCAGAGUAUUUGGAGAAAAAGUCAUUCAAACCAAAGGCACAAUUUGCCAGAUACACUGGUGAACGUGGAGAUUAUAGUCUCAACCUGUGGUUUAGUGCAGAGGAGAGUGAGACAGUGGUGGUUGGCAUUGAGGAUAUCUUGCCACUCAACAAACAGACACUUGAAGCAUUACGCGAUCUUCGUAUGAUUGAGAAAUUGAUCUAUCAGCCAACCGAAACAUUCUUUUCACAAGUUUUGGAAGAGAGCAAGCAACAGACUAUCAACUACCUCUUGUCACUUGGUGUCGACAUUAACCUCUUGCUCAAUACAUCGUCGUUUACACUGUUUGACUUGGAGAGACUCAAGAUUACACACAGCACGUUGGCCACUUUGUACAAUACACCCGACCACCCCUUUUACAAGGAACUUGAAAAGGAGAUGACAGAGCGCAUCGACGCACACGUUGCGACGGUUGACCAACGCUUCCUCUUUAUGCCUCGUUACGAAACGACUAUUGCCGACUUGCGUGGAUGCCAGCAUAUCGCGUUGGCACGUAGCAAGGUCAAGCAAUUCCUCGGUGACUGCGAGUUGGUACUCGAUCAACUCAAGAUCCAAAAGCGUAACCUUAUGAACGGUACCAUGAAGGAGGAAAUGACUGAAUGGUGGUUAAAGCGUAUCGACAGCCGUGUCAGUGACUUUCUCUCAGAGAGAGGGUACAACUUUGUAGCUGUACCCGAAAACUACAUUGAACAACCACCAACCAACAUGAAAGAUGUCAUCUCUAAUCUUAUCCUCAUCCAAAAGAUUCUUGAUCCUCGUGAACAUGUCAUUGAAAUUAUUCAAAUUCAAGAUGAUGUUGAAUCAAAGUUGGGUGAUGGACAAGAUGACCAUACAUCAGAUAGUAAUGGUGGUGUAGACUUGGCAACAGCUGAUACAAUUAGUAAUACUAGUGGUGGAAGUAGAAAGAAUACAUUGAGUCGAUCAAGUAGCAUAUGUAUAACAAACAACAAUAAUAGUAGUGGUAAUAGUAGUACAGCCACAACAAAUGAAUUUGAUGAUGUCAAACCAUCACCUCCAACUCCCAAGAUUGGUGCUUAUAUUCGCACGAGUGAUAGUGGCAAUGAUCAAGCAACAAUUGGUAACAUCAGAACAAGUGGUGGUAGUAUCCCAGUUGACGCAUCUUCAUACAACAAACAACAACAACAACAAAUAGCAACAACAACAACAACCACCACUGCAGUUGUUGUGACGACGACAGAUUUAGCAACUGGAGCAAAUACAAGUGCAAGUAGUGAAGUUGGUAGUUUUAAUGACCGACCCAUUCUUACACAAUCCAACAAGUUUUUAAACUCACCUCUACAACUUGUCAGAGAACUAAAGGAAGAGAUCUAUCCAGUGAUUGGAGAGUUUAUUAAAAAGGCAAGAAUUGUAAUUUGCGAACACUUUGAUAUCCAGCCAUCAGAAUUUCACAAUACACUUUGCACCAAGUUGUUGGACGAGCAAAAGAAGCAACCCGCUCAUCUCCACGACCAACAGACUAUUAUUUGGAUUGAAGACAUGUUGUCGGAUCUCGUCUACCUCCAAGAGAUGCAACGUCUCGAGGAUGCCAAGAAUGAAAAGGUGCUCAAUAUCGUACCGAUUGGUGGUCUCGUCAUGAACACGUUUGCACGUCUUGAAAACGAGCUCAACACUGUGGUCGAGUUGUGGGACGAGUCAACCGAGGGAUCAAGCGAGGACUGUUAUUCGGACCAAGGCACCACUACCGAGGUGCUCACACUCAAGGUCACCCAGAAAAAGGCUACACCCUCUCUCAACGAGUCCAAGAGCAUGUUGCAUGUGGCCGUUGCAGCCGACCAGAUUGAAAAGGUUGAAAAGAUACUCGAGAUUGAGUGGGACACGAUCAACAACAUUGACAGUAACGGCUGGACACCCCUGCACUCGGCCGCCUACUCUGGCAACGCCGAUAUUUGUAAAUUGCUGCUUCAAGUGCCGACCAUUGACGUGAACAUCAAGAACCGUGACGGUGCCUCUGUCCUCCAUUACUUUGUCAGACAUCCAUACACUGAAAAGCGAAAGGAAGCCGUCUUGAUGAUGCUCGAAAAGGGUCUCGACAUUAACAAUGGCACUAGACACGGUGAAACACCACUACAUUCGGCCGCCUUUAAGGGUCUCAAUGAUGUGGUCGCUCUGCUACUCCAGAAUGGCGCCAACCCCAAUUCGUUGACACAGGGUGGUGAGACACCUCUCCACUAUGCCGUUACAACCGGUCGUGCCAAUGUAGUCAACACUUUGCUCAUUCAUGGCGCUUUGUUUAACAUUUGUUCGAAACGUGGUACUCCAUUGGAUCUCGCUCGUCAUGCUAAACUUUCUCACAUUGUAUCAAUACUUGAAAACGGUCCAGAGAUUGACAAUUUCUCUUGGAGAAAGAAUAAUAGAACUCAAUUAUUACUAAAUUUACAACAACAACCAAGUAGUAAUCAUAUUUUACAAGAAAAUAAUAAUAACAAUAAUAAUACUAACAACAAUCAUAAUUUAAAUAAUACCACCAAUAAUAAUAAUAAUAAUAAUAGUUUUUCAAGCAAUAAUAAUAGUAGUAGGAAUCUUAAUAAUAAUAAUCAUCAUCAUAAUAAUAAUGGAAAUACUUCACCAAAUUCACAAUCACCAGCAACCAAUAGGUUGGCAAACACUGUAUUUAAAAGAACUUGUAAAAUUGAAAUUGGAUCAAGAGGAAGUCCCAAAGAACAAUAA